UGUUAUCUGGGUGCCUGCGUCCUGCGUGCACUGCGCGUUCAGGAUAUGUCCGUUUGGACACAACGACUGCAAGCAAUUUACGAGCAAAUAUGGUAUCCAUUUGCAUGUGAUUCGCUGGUGUACAUGAGCUUAACCAACUUGCGGGCAAAACUCACGCAAACCGCGUACACAGUUUAUAUACAUAAGACGCGCAAACUUUGCGCGCAAGGAAUGUUAUCUGGGUAAACGUGUCUUAUCAUUCUGUUUGAUUUUGAUGAGUAAAGCAGAAAGGCUUCAUAAUAUCUAUUAAAUAAAAGCUGUAUUUAAUCAUAGUAUUUGCCUGUUCUUCAUUCUGCUACAAUUUAAUACUCCCACUAUGAUGCUCAAAAAGAUAUUCACUCCAACAGUAUACAAAACAAUGGUACGUUCAUACUCAGCAGCUGCUGAAUCCGUCCAAGGAUAUAAUUUUGAAUUAUCUGAUACUCAGAGAGAAAUGCAAGACCUAGCCCGGAAAUUUGUUAAAGAAGAAAUUAUCCCAGUAGCUGCAGAAUAUGAUAGAACUGGAAAAUAUCCAUGGGAUGUAAUCAAAAAGGCAUGGAGCCUUGGUCUUCUGAAUAAACAUAUUCCACAACAUUGUGGUGGUUUGGAAAGUGGUAAUUUCGAUGGUUGCCUGGUUACAGAAGAAUUUGCUUAUGGUUGUACAGGAAUAACAACUGCAAUAGAUGCUUCAAGUCUUGGACAAACUCCAGUCAUCAUAGCUGGAACCAAGGAACAACAAAAAAAAUAUCUUGGAAGACUUGUAGAGGAGCCACUUGUUGCGGCAUAUUGUGUUACUGAACCUGGUGCAGGCUCUGAUGUAGCAGGCAUUAAAACUAAAGCUGUGAAGAAAGGGAAAGAAUGGAUAAUUAACGGCACAAAAAUGUGGAUUACAAAUGGCGGUGUUGCUAAUUGGUAUUUUGUAUUGGCGAAAACAAAUCCUGAUCCAAAAGCUUCAGCUAGUAAGGCUUUUACAGGUUUCAUCGUAGAACGUGACAGUGAUGGUUUAACUCCAGGUCGUAAGGAAAUGAAUAUGGGACAAAGAGCAAGUGACACACGAAUGGUAACAUUUGAAGAUGUUCGUGUUCCUGAGGAGAAUGUAUUAUUGGGAGAAGGUCAAGGUUUCAAGAUAGCUAUGAAAACUUUUGACAGAACUCGAGCAGCGGUUGCAGCCGCAGCUGUUGGUUUAGCUCAGAGAGCUCUGGAUGAAGCAACGAAAUAUGCAUUGGAACGCAAAACAUUUGACAGACCGAUAGCAGAGCAUCAAGCUGUUGCUUUUAUAUUGGCUGAUAUGGCUAUUGGUGUUGAAACUUCCAGAAUGUCAUGGAUGAAAGCAGCUUGGGCUGCUGAUAAAGAAUUAUCAAACGCUACAAUGCUCGCAAGUAUUGCAAAAUGUUAUGCCGCUGAUGUAGCUAAUAAAUGUACUACCGACGCUGUACAGAUUUUUGGCGGUGCAGGAUUUAAUUCCGAAUAUCCAGUAGAAAAACUUAUGCGUGAUGCCAAAAUCUAUCAAAUAUACGAAGGUACUUCGCAGAUUCAAAGGUUGAUUAUAUCACGUGCUCUUUGCAGUGAAGCUAAACAAAAAAAUAAUUAAGAGAAAUAAUCAUAUUAUAAGAAAUUAGAAUACAAGAUGUUUAAAUAUUUUCAUAGGAAACUUUACCAUGUAGAGUUAAGAAGCAAAUUUGAUAUUCUUUUUUAAAUUUUAUAAU